CCACUGCUCAGCAGGCUUCGCCUCCACUCCCAUCACCAAGAUGCCCAACGGAUGCUGCGGUGGCGGAAGUAGCUACACCAUGUGCUGCUACAGCAGCCCCAAGAGCUGCAAGAGGCCCAUGUGCUGCAGCCCCAUGCAGUGCUGCAGCCCCUGCUGCACCCCCUGCUGCACCCCCUGCUGCAUGCCCAUGCAGUCCUGCUGCAUGUCCAUGCCCUGCUGCUACACCAUCACCAGCAACAACAGCGGCUGCUGCGGCGGCGGCAGCAGCGGCGGCUGCUGCGGUGGCAACUAAACCCACCCGGCUCUUUCCCUCUUGGAUACGGAUUUGGAUAUGGAUAACACCCCAAACGCUGCUCUUCCUCCUGUGCUUAGAAGCUGUAGAACUCCUCUUCUUCUCCUGCCUUCCUUCACCUCAUUCUUGUGAUGUGCCCUGAAGCCGCCGCCCGGCGAGUUCCUCCCGCGAGCGCUGGCGCUGCUCUUCGUUCUCCUCUCGGUGUGUGGGAUGUUUCACUCUUUUCAUCACUGUUUCGUUUCAAU